AAAAAAAAAGGACUUUCCGCUGUUAGAGUCGUGUUGACGUCGCGGUGUCCUCCCGCCUCUUGGACCUGGCGACUGCUGCGAGUCGGGGAGCAGUUCUUUUCAGGGAUCCAUUCAGCCUACUUGAAGAAAAGAUAAAAGCAGAAAAGAUGGCAGACUGCCUGAUAAACUAUUACCAGGACUUGGUGACCUUUGAGGAUGUGGCUGUGAACUUCACUCAAGAAGAGUGGAUUUUAUUGGAUCAAACUCACAGAGACCUAUACAGAGAUGUGAUGCUGGAGAACUACCAGAACCUGGUCUCGUUAGGAUGUGAACCCACCAAACCCAGUCUCAUCUCAUGGUUAGAACAAGAAGAGGAUAUGCAGACCGGAGAUCUCCAAGAAUGGAAAAUGCACGUUAGCACUGAAGAGGCAGCAUUUCAGCAGAAUAUUUUGAAGGAACGAAUUUCCAGUGGGAUACAAAUGCAGACGGGAAUCCAAAGUGCAGGGGAACUCUGUAAUUAUCUGCAAUAUGGAGAAAUCUUCAGUGAACACUCAUAUUUCAAGACACACAUGAAGAUUCAAAAUUCAAGGAACCCUUGUGACUCUAAUCAGUAUGGAAGGUAUUUUCCUACUACUCACAAAACCUCUACUGAACAGACACUCUCUGUGUUGAGUCAGUGUGAAAGAGCUUUUAGCCUGACUCCAAAUGACGUUUACCAGAAAACCAUCACACAAGACAAAUCCUUUGAAUGCAAUGACUAUGCCUUCCUCAAUCAGCCAUACUUUCAGGCUCAUUUGAGAAAUCACAAUGGAGAAAAACUCUUUGAAUUGAAGCAGUAUGCAGGAGAUUUUACAUUUCCCACAAGUGGAACUGUGCCUAUUCAAAUGUAUACCAUAAAAGCCUAUGAGUGUAAAGUUUGUGGGAAAGUAUUUGGAUAUUCUUCAAACCUAAAUAGUCACAUGCGAACCCACACUGGGGAAAAACCCUAUGAAUGUAAGGUUUGUGGAAAAGUAUUUGGUUAUUCUUCAAAUCUUAACAGUCACAUGCGAACCCACACAGGGGAGAAACUCUAUGAAUGUAAGGAAUGUAGGAAGUCCUUCACUACUUCUUCAAGCCUAACUGAACAUUUCAGAAUUCAUACUGGAGAGAAACCCUAUAAAUGUAAAGAAUGUGGAAAAGCCUUCACUAAACGCUCAGGCCUUACCACACACGUACAAACACACACUGGAGAGAAGCCCUAUGUAUGUAAGGCAUGUGGGAAAGCCUUUACUGCCGCUUCAAACCUAACUGAACAUUUAAGAAUUCAUACUGGAGAGAAACCCUAUCAAUGUGAGGAAUGCGGUAAAGCCUUCCAUGCUUCUUCCUACCUGCGUAAACAUGUAAGAACUCACACUGGAGAGAAGCCCUAUGAAUGUGAAAAAUGCGGGAAAGCCUUCCAUGCUUCCUCAUACUUACGGAAACACAUUCGAAUUCAUACUGGAGUAAAACCUUAUAAAUGUAAAUACUGUGGGAAAGCUUUCACUGUUUCCUCAAGUCUAGCUGAACAUGUAAGAACUCACACUGGAGAGAGGCCCUAUGAAUGUAAGGAAUGUGGGAAAGCCUUCACAACUUCUUCAUGUCUCAUUGUGCACAUAAGAACCCACACUGGAGAGAAACCUUAUGAAUGUAAGGAAUGUGGGAAAGCCUACAAAAGGUGUUAUCUGCUGACUGAACAUGUAAAAACUCACACAGGGGAAAAGCCCUUUCAAUGUAAGGUAUGUGGAAAGUUUUUUGGAAAUUCCUCAUGUCUUAAUAAGCACAUUCGAAUUCAUACUGGAAUAAAACCAUAUAAAUGUAAGUAUUGUGGGAAAGCCUUCACCGUUUCUUCAAGCCUAGCUGAACAUGUAAGAACUCACACAGGGGAGAAACCCUAUGAAUGUAAGGAAUGUGGGAAAUCCUUCACUACAUCCUCAAACCUAUAUCACCAUGUAAGAAUUCACACUAGGGAGAAGCCCUGUAAAUAUCAGGAAUCUGAGAACACCUAUAAUAGGCUUUAUUUGCUAACAGAACAUUUAAUAACUCAAACUGAACAGAAACCCUUUGAAUGGAAGGAAUGCCGAAAAUCCUUUAGGAGUUCUUCACGUCUUAAUCAUCACACUGGAAUUUUUACUGAUGAAAAACCUUAUUAAUGUGAAGAAUGUGGAACAGCCCUCAAUUAUGCCAGUUUAUUUCAAAGGA